AGGGGUGAGAGAGAGAGCGAGACGCGCGCGCAUCGCCGAUUGUUAUCGCUGGCUGAAUGCUCGCGGAAUCCUUUGUGCCCGUUCACGCGCCGCUCGCGUCAACGCUCGCGGGAUGACGACGACGCCGUCGUCGCUCGGAGACGUUCGCCUGUGAAUCCCGCGGAGUUGUCGGGGACGAGGAAGAGGAGGUGGAGGAGCGCAAACCGCGGACGCGGAGCGCACACACUCGUCGGCUCCUCUAAUCUUGCAACCGAUCGCGCGCCGACGAGCGGUUCGGUUCCGGUAAUCCCGACGCAGUAAACAUCGUUCUCGCGAUAACGCGCGCUUCUCGGAAGAUCGAGGAGGAGGAGGAUCCGGAUCUGUCUGCAUGCCGGAUCCGCUGGUGUCCGCGGGGCGUGUUGUAAAAAGUUUCCUUCCAACCCCGAUGAAUCGCGCGACUCGCACGGCGGCGGCGAGGCACGUUCCUCCGGAGCACCAUCGGCGACUCCCGCACACGGGCGACACUCCACACGAUCCAGUUCUCUGAAUCGAAGAUUCUGCAUUAUAUCAGAAAUAACGCUCAUAUAUUAUACAAUUCGUCGGUACUCGAGCAAUCUUGUUUGACGAGAAACAGAAGAGGAGAGAAAAAAUGUGCUCAGCAAAAAAAUUAUUUAUCUUACUGUGAGUGACAAGUUUAAUAUAUGAGCUUAGAAAUGGCCUUGGAGAUAUCGUGUUAUCAAAACAUCUCGUUGAUCAGAGAGCAGUAAUAAAGUACUAUAUUAUGCAUUUAUAUGAGCAACAAUGAAUGCAAAGAAGACUGCAAUUUAUAUUCAAGCAUUUAUAUAGCGUUAUCGAGUUGAGUCACAAUUUAUUAUAUUAUAUAUCAUGGUGCAGCAGCGGCUCCCCAGUUUCGAUAUUUUUUCAACAGGUGGUCGGAGCGGACGGCGAUUUAUAUUGACACUCGCUGCUGGAAUGGUUUUCGGCUUUUUAUCGGCAUGCCUGCUCAUUACAUCCACGAGAGAUGUACCGCACAUGUUCAGUUGGGUGCCAGGUAAUUCUGGCCUUUCUAGAGAUCCUCAUCAUUAUUCAGAACUGGAAUCAGAGAUUGGUCCUGAAACGGAAGUGAAAUUUCAUGGUGAUGAUGAAGAUUUUCACAAAGGGGAAGAUAGAAUAGCUCAGGAUAUGGCGAAAAAAGUGCGUGUUCUUUGCUGGGUUAUGACUGGUCCAAAGAAUCAUCAAAGCAAGGCUCGUCACGUGAAAGCGACAUGGGGGAAACGCUGCAAUGUACUUCUUUUUAUGAGUUCUGCGGCAGACGCCAGCUUACCUACUGUAGUGUUGCCAGUAAAGGAGGGUAGAGAUAACCUGUGGGCUAAAACCAAAGAAGCGUUUAAAUACGCUUACGAGAAAUAUAAAGACAAAGUAGAUUGGUUCAUGAAAGCCGAUGACGACACAUACGUGGUAGUGGAAAAUUUGCGAUAUAUGCUGUCGUCGUACAAUCCGAAUUCAUCGUUGUAUUUCGGAUGCAGAUUUAAACCUUUCGUGAAGCAAGGUUACAUGAGCGGUGGCGCGGGUUAUGUACUUAGUAAGGAAGGCUUGCGCAAGUUCGUGGAGGAGGGCUUACCCGACAAGACCAAGUGCCGGCCGGACAACGGCGGCGCGGAGGACGUGGAGAUGGGGAAGUGUCUCGAAAAAAUUGGCGUGCGCGCGAUGGACUCUAGAGAUCCACACGGGCGUGGUAGAUUCUUUCCGUUCGUGCCGGAACACCACUUGAUACCUAAUCACGUGGACAAGAACUUUUGGUAUUGGAAGUACAUCUAUUACGAUACCAAGGACGGCUUGAACUGCUGUUCGGACAGUGCUGUUUCGUUCCACUACGUGUCACCGAACAUGAUGUACGUUUUGGAGUAUCUGAUUUACCAUUUGAGGCCAUACGGCAUCAGUCACAGCCUGGAGAGACCCUCCGCGGAUCGACCGUCAACGUUGACCGAAUACUAGUCCGUGAACACUGUCGUAAAUAGAUCGUAAAGUUCCAUAAUUCUUGUUUUAUACAUGAUACUAGUCCAUUCGAGCCAACGAUACAAGUGUAAUAUAUUCUCAGCGGAUGAAAAGUGUGAUAUAUCGUACUUCUUAAAUACACGAAAUCUUUAUACGUAUCUAUGUUAAAAGAGUCAGGACACUACGGCCAUAAUGGAUAUAGCUAUAGUUUAGAGUAGAAAGAAGAUAGGGAGAUAGUGCAAGCACAAUAGAUAUAACGUCGUCGAGAUUCAGAAUUUGGUUUUUUUUUUAGAGCGUUAAGUCACAUGUUAAAUUUGUAAAGUGAGAUGUGAUAAUAACUUCGUAAGCAUAUAAACUCCUAAAUAAAACAUGUGAUCCGCAAAACAAUGUCGCAUUUUAUUGCUAAUGUAUACGUCGCCAAAAAUAUCAUGUUUUAUUUUUCUUUUUUUUUUACAUACUUAAAAAAAAUGCCUAAAAAACUUUUAUUUUUUUUUUUCUGUUGAAAAUGUAAAUGUAUAAUAGCACCAUUAGAUGUAGAUUAGUAGAAAAAUAUUGCACAAGGCUCGAUAAGGGGAUGAUAAAAAUAAUCACUUGACAGGUAAUAAAAAUCCAAUUAUUCGCACUUACUUUUUCUGAUAUACCCACAGAAGUAAAAGAUAUCUGCGCGUUUCUACUGUGCUUGCAACAAAAUUUUCGGGUACUACAAAUACGAGAGAGAAAUCACAUAUGUAAUUAUAUAUAUACACAUAAAACUGUAUUUCGUAAUAUUAAUAUAAUAAUGGUAAUAAUAAUUUUAAUAAUAAUAAUAAUAAUCCCAAUAAUGACGUACUACCCAGUAAUAAAUACUAUAGAUACAGAGUGA